AUUUGCUUUGAAACGUAAACAUAAAUCCAUAAAUAAUCAGACGUCAUAAAUAUUGCGGUUUGAUUAUUGCAAAUCAAAAUUUCAAAAUGUGAUUGUAACCUAUUUUUCUUUGAUUGGGUCAUCUACAAGAAAAGUUUAAGUUUUUGUGCGCGAACUACACGUCCUCAUGAAAACCUAACCCCCUUCCCACAAGAUUUUUAGGAACUGCUAUCCGAAACCAAAUCCUAUUACACUUGCACCUGGGUCCUGGGUAAAAAUUAAUCAUGAGUAAACAAGAAAAACAACAGGCCCCAGGAGAUGGAAUUCGCUCUCUUAAAAGUACUCCGAUGUUUCGAGCAAUAAAUUAUGAACUUUACGUCAGACCGAAUAAAGUGAUAAUGGCUAUCGGUGUUAUCGCAAUGACAGGAUGCGCUGGUUAUAUACUUUAUAUGCGCUCAAAAUACGAAUCCAUGGGAUUCUACACUGCCGUGGAGUCCGACGGUAGCGAAAGGUUUAAGAAGAAAGUUUCCAAGUGGUCAGAGUGACGUACUUAGCACUCUGGCAAAACGUCUGUGUAAAUACGAAUAUAAGUUAUGUAAAUAAAAAUUUUAUGGUACAGUUGUAAAUAUAUCCUAAGGACAGUACAAGAUGUUAUGUCUACAUUUUUCUUGGAGUAAAGUAAGGCAUUAAUGAUUCCAAACUCAAA